UGGAACAAACAAGAAAUGAUGUUCGCGAGUAGACUGGCUAAUCAUUGUAUCCCCUUGUUAUUCCGCCGAAGCAUGUGAUAUCAUAUGCGGAUGCUUCUGUGACUUGUCUACCGUUUAUAUUUUUUAUGUCGCAUAGCUAGAAAUUGUUGUGGGGAGGACAACCAGUGAAUAGGACAAGGUAUGUGAAACCCACUGUGAUUUGUACGAUUUUCGUAGCUGCAUAGUCCCAUUCUGGAUGUUACUGCAGCAGAGUACCACUCGACCGCUACGUCUGUCACUUCCAACAUCCCGGGGCCAGGAAAUGUGACUUCCCUCUGCCACGAAAAUCGGAGAAUAUCCCACAAAGGGCAACGCAUUUCGACACGACUACAAGAAAAGAUUCUUAUGGUGUUUAAGUGAAAGUGAAAUUUGGUUACAAAGAACUGGUAGAGGGGUAAGUUGUGGAGCUUUCAUUGGGUGCUGCAGUGUGGAGGUUGGAAGGAGGUCAUGGUGGGGCGGGGGUGGUGGGUGUGUAAGUCCCGCUUCGGGAAGCGGGGGGGCGGGUUUGGUUUCCUACCUGUCAUUUGUGUUGUGAUAGUAAGUGCAGCCUUGUUUGCGCUGUUGUUUGUGGACUCUAUCGAGUCAUGGGCCAUGAAAAUGAACACAGUGGUGGAGGCUCAGGGAGGUAUCAUACCUCCUCAAAGUGUGCCCCCGACUAGGCCCGAAGAAUACCUGCUCAUGCCCAGCCCUCUGGUCUGUCAGCGUGCCAAACCGUACCUCAUGGUCAUGGUCACCUCUGCACCAGCUAAUCAGAGGGCUCGCCAGGCCAUUCGAGACACCUGGGGAGGGGAGGUGGAGGUCAAGCGCUUGCGAGUCAUGACCCUGUUCAUGGUGGGAGUGGCCUCUGACCCUGGACUCUCCAAGCUGUUGAUAGAAGAGGCCCGUGAGCGAGGAGACCUGAUCCAGGGACGCUUUGUGGACAGCUACUCUAACCUAACCCUGAAGACUCUCUCCAUGCUGGGAUGGGCCCGCCGCUUCUGCCCUCAGGCACACUUCACGGCCAAAGUGGAUGAUGAUGUACUCUUCAAUCCAAGCGCCCUCCUGCACUUCCUGAACAGAAGCCGUAACCCCUACGAGCAAGGGGACUUGUACCUGGGUAGGGUGCAUCUUCACGUGGCCCCAGACCGUGACCCAUACAGUAAGCACUACCUCCCCGCGGGAGCCUACCCUCCCUCCGUCUUCCCAGACUACUGCAGCGGUACAGCCUAUGUCAUGUCCCGCUCGGCUUUGCUCAAGAUUUCCUUGGCAGCAGCCGCCUCACCCCUGUCUACCCCUCUGCCUCCCGAGGAUGUAUUUGUGGGACUUUGUGCCCGUACUGCUGGGGUGCUGCCCUCCCAUUGCCCUCUCUUCUCCGGCGGCCCUUCAGUGCCGUAUGGGCGCUGCUGCUACCAGGCCAUGGUGUCCAUCCACCACAUCCCACCCAGAGAGAUGCUCCGCUACUGGGCCGACGUCCACUCUCCACCUCCUUGUUCCUGGCUGGGCGUACGCACAUCCCUGGGGGUCUGUAAAGUCAGGGCCUUGCUGGGAACUGCUUUAGGGAUGGCUCAGGGUUUGUAAUGGUGUUGGGAUAAACCAGCGUGAUGCUUCUCGCUGCAAUACUGUGAAUGGCACAAGCGCUCUGCUUCAUUAGGUAUGAGAAACCACUGUGCACUUUUUAUAGCUUGAUUUAAAGAUGUACUUGAAUUUAAUUUGUGAUGA